AAACGGAAUAUAGAGUAGUGCUGUACUACCUGAAGAAGCCGCUGAGCUCUCUGUCGAUGAGCUUCUUGUGGACGCCUUGCGAGGCUGACGUGGGAGUCUACGUGAUCUGCGCUCAGCUGGUAGACUCGUUGAGCGGUGGAGGCGGCAGGACCCAGUGCACGUCGGUGACGGUCGGUCGAGCUCCUGCGCCGUACACGGAGGCGCUGCCGGUACAGGUAGCGACGAUGGGAGAGGAGCAACGGAUCGUCUUCACGGUGGCGCGGCAGGACCAAGGCUUUGCCGAGUACUACAGGCUGCCGUCGAUCCGUCUCUCGCGCAUCCUGGGGAACGUGCCGUCGCGUGUGGGGAACCUGACCACCUUUGAGCCGCUGCAUCCUGUGGUGGAGAUGCGGGUCAACGGGGCGACGACGAUGACGCUGAGCAACGUGAGCGUCUUCGAGAACAAGACGCGGCUGGACGGGUCGAGGUACUCCUUCCAGGGGCUCUACAACGGGAGCAUCGUGUGGACCCCGAGCCACCAGCUCAGCGGGUGGCAGGGAGCGAUGUGCCUGACGACGUGCGUGUACCCGUUGACCUGUCGGGGGUGGAGCCGGGAGAGGAGGGCGGAGUGCUCGGAGUACUGCAUCCCAGUGAGGGUGGAGCGGUGCAAGUGGUACGUGUCGCGGGCACAGACGUACACGGAGAUAGCGGGGCUGUUCUCGACGAGCUCGCUGCUGCUCUGGUACAUGAACCCAGUAAGGCAGUCCAGUCUGCAUUACGACAACUUUCAAAGCUUAACGCCAGGUUACAAUUUUAUGAUCUACCCUGGAGAGACGAUCAAUGUUGGUCGGAAGUAUCUGUCAGAGUAUGAGAAUAUUUUUGAUGUCGCACAAUACUUUGGUAUGAGCACCUCGGACAUCUUGAGGAUGAACGUCGACCUCAACUCCAGCGUUCUCAACAGCGACAAACAAUUAAAUCAGGAUCUUUGUAUAGUACCAAACGUGUGCGUGAUGUUGUAAUGUGCGAGCAGAAGGAUCAGCGCUGACGGUCUCAUGACCUUGCAGUUGGGAAUCUUUUCUAUGUACAGAGAAAUGAAGAAAACCCUCGAUCAGUGCAACUUUGUGUAUAUCGCACUUGGUUUCCCUCUUGAACAAUCCUAGCAUCUCCAUGUAAGAUCGCACGCUCUGAUUGUGGAAAGAAUUUGGCGAGAUGGUUGAAUCUAGUGUAGAAACAGAAAAUAAAUGUAACAAGACACAG